AUAUUAAUAUUAUUAAUAAUAAUUUUAACUAAUAAUAAAGUUUUUAUAGAAACUUUAUAUUAUUAUUUAAUAUUUAAUUUUCAAUUAAUAUCUCCUUUUGGGGUUCCGGUCCCUGGUCCGGCCCCCGAAACUAAAGAUAUUAAGAAUUUAUAUGAAUCAAUUAUAAAUAAUUAUAUUAAUAUUUUAAAUAAAUAUCUUAUUAAUAUUAAUAAAGAUAAUAUUAAUAAAUUAAAAUUUUUAGAUAAUUAUACUGAAGAAGAAAAAGGUUAUUAUUUAUCUGGAUUAUUUGAAGGAGAUGGUAAUAUUUAUACUAGAUGUUUUUCAAUUACUUUUUCUUUAGAAGAUGUUUUAUUAGCUAAUUAUUUAUGUCUUUAUUUUAAAAUUGGUCAUAUUACAGCUAAAUAUAAUUUUAAUAAAGAAUUAACAGCUGUUAAAUGAAAUAUUAUAAAAAAAAAAGAACAAGAAGUAUUUAUAAAUUAUAUUAAUGGUAAAUUAUUAACAUAUAAAAGAUAUGAUCAAUAUUUUAAAUAUAAUUUUAAUAAUCGUUUAAAUAUUAAAUUAUUAAAACCUAAAGAAUUUGAUUUACUAUUAAAUCCUUGAUUAACAGGUUUUAAUGAUGCUGAUGGUUAUUUUUAUCUAGGUUUUCAAAAACAUAAAAAUAGUCAAUGAUUAAAAUUUCAUUUAGAAUUAUCACAAAAAGAUAGUUAUAUUUUAGAUAUUAUUAAAAAAUAUUUUAAACUUGGUGGUAUUUUAAAAAGAGAUUAUAAAUCUGGUGCUACAGCUUAUAUUUAUAAAGCUCAAUCAUCAAAAGCUAUAAAACCUUUUAUUGAAUAUUUUAAUAAUUAUCAACCAUUAAGUCUUAGAAGAUAUAAACAAUAUUUAUUAUUAAAUAUUGCUUACUUAUUAAAAUUAAAUAAAUUACAUAUAUUACUUAAUUCUUUAUUAAUAUUAAAAGAAUUAAUAUUAUUACAAAGUGUUAAAAAUAUAUCUUUAGAAAUAAAAAAUGAAUUAAAUAAUAGAGUUAAAAUUAUUAUUAAUAAACUUCAUUAUAACAAUAUCGAAUAA